AUGGGCUACAAUAUCAUCCUGGGAAGGUCGUGUUUACACGAUAUGAAAGCUUUGCCUUCAACUUAUCACCAAUUGUUGAAAUUUUCGACACCCCAGGGGAUCAAGCAGAUAAGGGGUGAUCAACCGGCAGCACGGGAGAUGAAUUCAAUUUCGGAACCAGCGCCUACCCCCGAAUCAGAGGAAGUUAGCCCAGGGACAGAGGAAUCGGAACAGUAUCAGGUGCCAAGGUAUUUCCAAGUUCCAGAAGAGACGGACGCAACGAAGUCCACGGCGGAAGAACUGGAGCAAGUUGCGCUGUUCGAAGAAUUCCUGGAAAGGAAAUUCCAUUUGGGAACAGGACUGCACCUAGAGCUCAGGUUGAAAAAUGCCGGAGCCACUUAUCAACAGCUCGUGAAUAAGAUGUUCGAAAAGCAAAUAGGAAAGACUAUGGAAGUAUAUAUAGAUGAUAUGCUCGUCAAGUCUUUGAAUGUAGGUGACCACCUUAAGCACUUGCAAGAAAUAUUCGACAUUCUGAGGAAGCAUAACAGGAAACUUAACCCCGAGAAGUGCACGUUGGGGGUAAACCCUGACAAGAUCAAGGCCAUAGAGGAUACCCCAGAUCAAUUGUCAAGCGUAAAAGAAGUCCAGAGGCUCAUAGGGAGAUUAACAGCUUUGAGCAGGUUCAUUUCCCGAUCAUCGGAAAAAUAUCAUCGCUUAUUCGCAUUUCUCAAAAAGAAAAACAAUUUUGAAUGGACACCGGAGUGUCAAAAAGCCUUGAAGGACUUGAAGAAGUACUUGCCACUCCCUCCAUUUCUCUCGAAACCAAAAGAAGGUGAAAUAUUGCUAGUCUACCUCGCGGUUUUAGAAGUUACGUUGCAAGUCUUGGCUGACUUCGUGGCCGAUUUCAGCCCGGGACUAUUGCCUCUGGCAACCAAGGAGGCAGUAAUGGUGUCAGAAUCGGCAUUAGGAGUUUGGACCUUAUUUACGGACGGAGCCUCCAAUGUAAAAGGGUCAGGACUCGGAAUAGUUUUAAUCACGCCUUCGAGGGAAACCUUAAGGCAAGCUAUCAGAACGAUCCCUUUAACUAACAAUGAAGCAGAGUACGAAACUUUGAUUUCAGGGCUCGAAUUAUGCCGAGGACUUGACUCCAAGGUCAUCGAAAUCAAAUGUGAUUCGCAGUUGGUGGUAAAUCAAGUCUACGGGAUCUUUGACACCAAAGAGGAACGUAUGCAACAAUACGUGGUAAAGGUCCAGGAUCUGUUGGCACGAUUCCAGGAGUGGUCAAUUACUCAUAUCCCGAGGGAGGAUAAUGUGGAAGUAUAUGCAUUGGCAAACUUGGGUUCAUCGACAAAAAUCAAGGGAUCGGAAUCUGGGACGGUAGAACAACUAAUGAAUUCAGUCCUAGAUACAGAUGGUUACUAUGAGGUGAAUUCGACUAGUUUGGUCUGGGACUGGAGAAAUGAAAUAAUCGACUAUCUCGAGCACGGGAAGUUUCCCAAAGACUCCAAAUCAUCACGAGCAUUACGCGCCAAAGCUGCACGUUAUAGCUUCAAGAAAGGCCAAUUGUAUAGAAAAUCCUUUCAAGGCCCGUUGGCCCGGUGCUUAGGAGCGUCAGAAGCUAAUUAUGUCAUGAGAGAGGUCCAUGAAGGGAUAUGCAGUAACCACUCGGGCGCAGAUUCUUUGGUGCUGAAAUUAGUUCGGGCAGGAUAUUACUGA